AUGGAGCCUCCGAGCCUCCUGCCGCACGUGGACGAGCUCGUGAUGGAGUAUCUGCUAUUCCGAGGCUUUACCAAGAGUUUUCAAGUGUUCAGUGCCGAACGCAAGCGUGAUCGCUCCCGGGGCUUCGACGUGGAGCAGAUUAUCUCGCAGUUACUAGUAGCCGUGCAAACUUAUCAGAUAGAAACAGUGCUGGAGACAUGGAAGUUCUUAACUGCGCGAUUCUUCAACCACUUGGACGCGUCUUACGCCUCUACACUGCAGCAGCUGGAAACUUCACUCUUGAGACUCUACGUAGUUAACGCAGUCAAGUCUGGACACCGAGAGAAGGCAGCAGAGUUCUUCCAGCUCCAUGCAGACAAGUUAAACGCCUCUGUGACCGCCCAAGGGGCUGGAACGGACUCGUGGAGUCGCUGGUUCAUCUUGCCGUACAUCGAACACCCAGAAAGUGACCCAUAUUUCCAGGUUUUCUUCGGUCAGCUAUGGCUGGAGGCAUUCGUGACGUCAUUUCGCAAUUUUCUGUCGCUAGUUUUCCGAAAUUUGCCGUUACCGAAGCUUCUGGCCUUCCAACUGGCUCGACUGGAAGAACCGACGCUGAAGUUGAGACUGAAGGUGAGUCAGUCCGAAGCUACGAGACUGAGACUGUACAACAGCGAAGCUACGGCUAAGAUCAAGAAGCUGGAGGAGGCGGGACGGCAGUUGCACUCGAUUCUUCGCUUGAUGGUGCAGCACAACUUCAUGGAACAUUUCUCGGCGUCUACACCUAGUUACGUGGAUGUGACGAGUGACCGGAACAAGAACAGAAGUCGCAGUCGCAGCCACGGCGCAGCGACAGCGAGUGUCGGACUGUCACACAAGCAGAUGAAGGAAAUUGGAGAGCUGUUCGGUAUCAGCAGUGAGGAGAGUCCGCAUGUCGAUCCUCCUGCUCCUGUUGACCCGCGAGAUAUGCCCAGAGUAGCAGAAGUUUACCUCCCAGUCGAUGAGUUGAGCGAUGACGAAGAACUUGAUGAAGAGGACGAAGUGGACGACGUUCCGGUGGAGAAUGGAAGUGGCUGUGAGUCUACGUCACCUAUGUUCUGUCCAAUUGGCACAGACUCGAGUCUUCCGUCUGAUGGAGAGCUGGCUAAGUCCAGUUUGACUCCGAUUAAGCCGCCGUCUUGGUCUACUGGCGCGUCUAUCAAGAGUUCAGAUUCUAUUGAGGCGUCUCUGAUUCGUGAAUUCAACAUGCUCAACGACUGGGAACCCACAAAGUCAGCGAUGACUGCAAGGAGCCGCUUCUCAUCAGACGGACAGUUUCUUGCCAUCGCAAAGCUGGGCAACAACCACAUCGACAUUUGGUCUGCGAAUCCUGUAGCUCUGUCCCCUUCGUCUACAAUCACGCUACCGUCGAGACUAAUCAGUCUGAACUGGUUGGGUCCGGGCCCAAGCAAACAGCUCCUUGCCUGUACACUGGAAGACGGAGAGACGAUGCUGUGGGAUUCUGACGGACAGCAAGUCAUCUCAUGUCCUCCGACCGAAGAUAACUUGCAGAUACAGCAACUCAUGUGUGCUCGAGAAGCGCCGAUUGCUGCGUGUUUGUUCACUAGUCGCGACGAAGAGGACAACGCGCUCCAACAGAUCCUGGUCUUGCAUGGAGGUAUGGAGGAACCGAUGCAGGACUACUUCCCGAUGGAAGAUAAACAGCUCACUUGCUUAGCAUGGAGCAAAAUGGGGAACGUGUUGAUUACUGGCAGUCGAACGGGCGACAUCGAGUUCAUCGACGUGAUCCGGCCCGAGCGGAUACACCGCUGCAAUCUCAUCUCUUGCAGUGGCUCGGCACGUAUCGAUGGUGGCAACUUGGCAGCGAUUUGUCUGUCUCCGGACGGAGAAUCGAUGCUAAGUGUGCAUGAGAAUGGCAGAGCAGUGAUGGAGUGGUCUGUCGCAUCAAUUUUGGUAGCUGUGGCGUCUCCGAACGAUGCCGCUAGCGACGUCAGAGGGAGCGUAAUAGACGUCAAGCCGACUCUGACGCGCACGUACGAGAUGGACAAGCCCUUGGCAUCGACUGAAGCUGAGGUAGACACAACGAUCCGCUUCCUUGGAGCUGCCGGCUACUUCGUGGUGGCUGACUCCACUGCGCUCCACGUCUUCAAGCAUGGCGAGAGGCGCGCUAUAUCCAGUUUUAUCCCGAGCCAAGCAGUCGUGGCGGAUGUGGACUGGCACCCGAAGCUGCCGGUGUGUUGUUCAGCUAAUCAGGAUGGAGCCAUCUCGCUGUGGAGCAUGAAGGCAGCUAAUGAAUGA